AUGACCACCGCGCCCCUGGGAGAGGCCAACGGUACCAGCAGUCCUCCAAAUGGCUCUCCCCAGGCUCCCCCGGGCUCUGCAGGCACCCUCCCUGCUGACGUCCCUCCACAGCGGGGAGUAGAACAGGCCAGCUCAGCUCCCGGCGUCGGGGAUGGGACUUCAGAUGCUCCAGGGAGCCGCCAGGAGAGGCCUGAAGAGAACACAGCUCUGGUGGCCCAAGAGGCAGGUGCCCUGCAAGUGUUCGUGGGCUUCCAGAACCCCGUGUGGGAAAACCCGGCGGAAAAUACACGAACUGAGAGCCCCACUGUUCCCCUGAGCGACUCUCAGAAAAAGACACCCCCAAAGAAUGAGCAGCGGCCGGAACCAGCUCCAAGCGCCCCCGAUGCCAAGGUCCAGGCUGCCCAGCCUGGGGACGUCCAGCCCUCUGUGGGUGCUUCUAACUCAUCCACCUCAGGUGCCAGAGGUUCUGACCUGCAGCCCACCCAGACUGCCCAGCAGAAAGCUGAGGGUCCUUCGGUCUUGAACCUUGACAGCAAUGCUGGAUCCCCGUUGGAGACCAGGAGGGAUUUGGCUGAGGGCUCCAGGAUCCCUCCAUCCCUGCCUUUCCCCAGCUCACCUGGGAACCCGAACAGGAUCGUUCUGGAUCCCGACUUAUACAGAGCGAGCGAAGAGAUCAGCUACAUGCGCUCCAUGACCAGCCUGCUGGGAAGCGGCGAGGGCUCGGUCAGCUCGCUGGCCGACGUCCUGGUGUGGACCGACACGGCCAGGAGCAUGGGCCUGGCCCUGGGUCUUCUGGCCUCGGGCCACAGCUCCCCUGCCGAUCUGCUGCAGGACGAGGGCCCCAACCUACGCUCUGUCUCCAGCAUCCUGAACAGUGCCAGGGCAGCCAUCUCCUCCGGGGUGGCAUCGGGCACCAGCUCUGUGCUGCGCUCCAUCAACAAUCUGCUGCAUUCCAUGGAGAGGCGGACUAUAGAGGGCAUCCGCUCGGCAGUGCGCUACCUGAGCAACCACCUCAACCCCCGCUGGGCCCGCAGUGACCAGGACCCUGAUUAA